AUUUAAGUACUCAUCGUCAUGUCUUCAUCUUCAUACUAGUUCAUAGUGGUGCCCUGCACAUAUAACCUCUACUACGUACAAAAUGGACAGUGAUAUAUAGGUGUAACUUUAUAACGUUGCUUCACACUAAUUCACUGAGAGGGUUUUUUUGAGAGCUACAGUUGCGGGCAAUCGGGCACGUUAAUGAUAUAGGCUUCAUCCAAAAAUAUUAUGACCAAUUACUUUAUUUGUAAUGUGCGUGUGGUGUAAUGUGCCUCGCGGACCAUAUAGUGUAACUAUUAAAUGUAAUUAUUUUUCAGUACAACAGACAUAUUACGAGUACGACAUGAAAGUUUCAUCCAAUCAAUAGAUAAACAGAGAUUUUGCGGAACAAUUUAAGUAAAAACUAAGAAAUCACAUGGAUAGCAUGGACUCACAAUUGAUUGCUCAAGCUUUCAAAUAUCAUGGACAACAGCUCCAAAAAGUUUGGGAGAACGAGCGUAAUGAGGCUGAGCUGGUCAUGCUCAAUCUCAAAAAGCCCACCUUUGAAAUUUAUGAACAACGUCAACAUAAAUUGAGUUUUAGUGAAAGAGGAAAAAGAUUAAAGUUACAACAAUUCAUCGCAAAGAAAGCAGAUGCAUUUUAUGACAGGUUUAACUCCAUUGCAGCAUGUGAUUUUAUUAGACAACAGCUUGGUGAUAUAGAAUCUUAUGCUUCAAUGCCCAGCUUGGAUUUUUUUGUUGACAUGGACAAAUCACAAAAAAAACGCUAUUUCUUAAAGGGUUUAAAAGUUGGAGAUGUUAUUUUUGCACAAGUUAAGAGUACACAUGCCAAUGGAUUAUUAUUGAAAAUUCUCUGUAAUUGCAGUGAUUUUUCAAAAAUUGCAUCUGACCUUGAUGUCAUGGCUUUUAUAUGGAAUACUGCUUCUGUGCCAGCCGUGGAUAAAAAUGGUGUUGCAAAAAGUUACUCGGCUAAUGACCUAGUUUGUGUCGGUGUCGGUGAAGUUAAUGUAGAGGCUGAGCGAGUUAUUGCUGUUAUGAAUGUGCCAGCUCGUGAAGGUCAAACCCCACAUCCCCCUAUGGGACUUGUACAUGCUGAUGAUUUACCAAAUGCAUAUAAGAACGCAAUGAGUAACAAAGGAAAAACCUAUGACAUACUCUUGGAGAAUAGUAUUGGCUUCAAUUAUCCAGACAACAUUCAAGUUUUGUCUGAUUUGAUGGGUCUAGGUCAAAUCAAUCAUUCAAAUAUGGUGGGAUUAAGAGAAAAGUUUCCAUCCAAUGAGUAUGCAAGUGAAUUAAGGAAAGCGCAAGCUAGCAAAUGGGCGCUAAGUAGCAUAGCUAAGGGCAUCGAGCAUUUCAAAGCUAAGCGGCAUGUUGAUGCAUUUCUAUGCCUAAAUAGAGCUCUCACUAUCGAUCCACGCAAUAUCGAAGGGCUCGUCGCCAGAGGAGCAUUAAACGCCAACAGUGGUAAUCUGAAGAAAGCUGUCGAAGACUUUGAAACGGUACUCAAGCUGAACCCCAGUCAUGCAAGUGUGCGCAAGUAUAUGGCCGAAACACUAGUUGCACUAGGCCGAAGUUACAAAAAUGAAAAGAAGUAUGAAGAUGCUCUAAAGGCUUACGAGGACUGUCUCGCCAUAAUGCCACAUCAUGAUGAGGCGAGAAAAUCGGUCGAGUACUUGAAAGGCGAAAAACAGCAAAUGAACGUAGUUACAAAUACACUUGAGCGAGCCCACAAUUUUGACACUUCUGCCGAGUCUGCUAUGCCGACUAGAGGCGUAAGCGCUGGCACUAGUUCCGAAGUCAUUGAUCUCGACUCCCAAACAGAAAAGAAACAACACAAAAAAGAACGCAAGUCGCGUUCUAAAAAACAACAGAGCUGGAGCUCCAGCUCUAACUCCUCAAGUGACGACUCUUCGAGCAGCAGUAGUAGCUCCGAGUCGUCGAGCAGUUCAAGCUCUUCUGGUGGAAGUUCUCGUUUCAACCCGUACUCGCCUGGGUAUACCAGUAAACGCAAGCACAAAAAGGACCACGGGUCUUCACUGUCGCCGCUAUCGAAACGCGCAACUCUGUACAAUAACCCACCUGCAGGAACUCUUGGACAAGUCGACCCUGCAGAGGCUUUCGGUCAGCAGCAUUUACUGCAAUUGCAUCAGCCAUUGUAUCAUCACUAUCAGCAGCAACCUCAGCGGCUUCGACAGCAAGUAGACUUACUGCAAUUGCCUUCUCAGCAAAGUCGGAGCUCGAACAUGCGCGAAAAGGAGGAGUACGAACUCAAAGUGCGCAAAUUCUUUGAUCAAACCAAGGACGACUCAGAUUACGAGGAAAAGGUCCGAAAGUUUUUGGAAGAAACAGCAAAAUGGAAGCGAGACAAAGAAAAAGAAAGUAAAAGAACCCCAGAACAGGACAGAAAAGUAAAAAAAAAGAAAAAAGAAAAAAAAACUAAAGACAUAGAAGAAACAAAAUUACGGAAGAAGAAGAAAAAAGAGGAACGCAAGAAGAGUAAGAAUAAAGAUAAACUUGAGCGAGAUUUGCAAACAUCUCUGCCUGACAUUGAGCAACUCGAAUCUAAGCUUAGCGCUUACUAUGCUAAAGUGGAAACGGCUUCAAUCAAAAGUGACAAGCUUGCCGAAGAUACACGCGGAGAUGACUUAUUGAAGCCAUACCACGAAAAAGAUCCAAGAACAAAUAGGACCUUGCAAAGAAAAGACGUUGAACAAAAACAAUUUUCUGACACAUUUCAACAGGACUCUCAAUUAAUUCAUCCAGAACCAAAACAGCCAAUUUUGGAUACGGCAGCUCUUAACGCUAAAUGGAAAGCCGCUCAAGCAUCCAAACAGCGUGAUCCACAUCAUCAAAAGUGGCCAAAUAUGCAGCCUGAAAAAAAGGUAAAGUCAAUUCUUGAAAACGAGGGAGAAGAGCCUGAAAUCCAUCGACCUCUCGACAAAUCCCUCAACACUUUCAAGCAGAUACAACGUGAAACGGGAGAAAAGCGCACUUUGCAACAACUGCAACAGCAGCAACAGUUAUCGGCCAUGGCCCCGUCUUCGGGUCACAAAGACUCGCCGCUGAAGCAAGUGCAGCAGCAUCCGCACCACGCGCCUCCUCCACCACCGCAACAGCCGCCACCUGCGCCCGUCCAGUACCCAACUCCCCAGCCCCAAAACAAAUAUCAGGGCUACAAAGAGUCUUCCUUGACAUCGGGAAACCUCACCACCAGCCAGCUUAAAUUCUCGAGCCUUGGCAGCAAGUUCCAACCUAUUGGUCAGGCAGACGACCAACCCCCGUCUAUCUCUAACAGGCGACGCUCGGGAUCGCGCUCUGGCUCCGAAAGCGAACGAGAACGCGGUCGGCGCAGUGGUGCCGGUGGUCCAGGCGAGCGAGACGGGUCGCGACAACGUCAGUCUGGUGGACCAGGCCCUCGGGUCAGACGUUCACGUUCCCGAUCGCGUAGUGGCUCCAGCUCUGGCUUGUCGCACUCGGGACGUUCUGAUCAGCAGUCCCGUUCGCGCACCGCCAACCGGCGCUCUGGUAGUUUUGAGCGCAAGUACAGUCGCUCGCCAUCCGGCAGCCACUCGGGACGCUCUCGGUCGCGUUCCCGAUCACGGUCACGCUCGUACUCACGAUCGCGCUCGCGCAGCCCCGACCGUGGCUACUACCGCAAACGACAGUUCAACAAUAAUCGAAAUUUCAACAAUCGCGGCACUUAUUACAAACCUCGAUUCCAGCCAUACAACAAUCAGAACUAUCGGGGUUAUGGCCAGAACAACUACAGAAGCGGUAGCAACCAGCCCCAGCGCUUUUACAACAAUCAGUUCAAUAACCAAAAUCGCUUUAACAAUCGUGGCGGGCGCAACUACUACCACAAUAACCAUCGCAGCAACGACGGGUGGAUGAAUCAGCGAGGCAGUCGCCACUUCCACAAUAACCGCGACAACAAUUUCCGAGACAGGAGGGAAUUCAGGGACAGGCGGGCGUACUCCCGCUCCCGCUCCCUCUCCCGCUCUCGCUCCCGCUCCAACGGUAGAAGCAUUUCACCUGACCCUAUGCAGAAGGUGGACGAGGCCAAAGAGAAGAUUAACCGCAUUCUCGAGGAGGGUGGUGAAGAUAGGCGCUCCUCCAGAUCACGUUCUCGCUCGCGUGCCGAUCGCUCACAAUCCAAAGACAAAGCGGCCUCUAAGGAAAGGUCACGUGAACGUACGCGUUCGCGUUCACGUUCACGUUCACGCUCGAGAGACAAGGAAGCCGAACGGGAUCGCUUGAAGUCCCACCGCAAUUGGGAUCGGGAGCGAGGAAGUCGAGAUCGGGGCUAUCGUGACAGAGGCGGUAACCGCGAUAAAAGAGGCAGAGAUCGGGAGCAAAACGAGUCCUCGGCGAGCAAGCAGCGUGAUUUUAACGACCAAGUGGAUAAAAAGGAGGAGGAGGAGGAGGAUUACGAGCACUGGGGAGAGACCGAUGAUGCCGUCAAGACCAAGGAUGAGUCAAAACUGCCGGCUGACGAUAUACUGCUGGAAGAAAAGGACGAUUUCAUUCAACGUAUGAAGCAGCGCAGUCAACACGUUAUGUUUAAGAGAGCAAUUGAAGCUAAGACGUGGUAUAGGCCAACUUCACCUUAGUCUUCAUGUACAUAGAU